AUGGUUGAAUAUGAUACAGAAAUUACGAAAAUCCGUAACCAGUUGGUGGAGCAGUUCAAAUGCUUGGAGCAACAAUCAGAAUCUCGCAUCCAGUUGCUGCAGGACUUACAGGAGUUUUUCCGUCGCAAAGCAGAGAUUGAACUAGAAUACUCCCGCAGUUUAGACAAACUCUCCGAGAGGUUUUCUUCCAAGAUCCGCAGCUCACGGGAACAUCAGCAGUUCAAGAAAGACCAGCACCUGCUAUCCUCUGUGAACUGCUGGUAUCUGGUGCUGAACCAGACAAGACGGGAAAGUCGUGACCAUGCCACACUUAGUGACAUCUACACCAACAACGUCAUACUGCGCUUGGCUCAAAUAAGUGAGGAUGUCAUCCGCCUCUUUAAGAAGAGCAAGGACAUUGGAAUCCAGAUGCAUGAAGAGCUGGUGAAGGUCACCAAUGAACUCUACACUGUGAUGAAGACAUACCACAUGUACCACACAGAAAGCAUCAGUGCCGAGAGCAAGCUUAAGGAUGCGGAGAAACAGGAGGAGAAGCAGUUCAGCAAGUCGGGAGAUUUCAACGUGAACCUUCUGCGGCACGAAGACCGCCAGUCCAGACGCAGCUCUGUAAGAAAGAUCGAGAAGAUGAAAGAGAAGAGGCAAGCCAAGUACUCCGAGAAUAAACUGAAGUGCACCAAAGCCCGCAAUGACUAUUUGUUGAACCUGGCUGCAACGAACGCUGUGGUGGCCAAAUAUUACAUUCAUGAUGUCGCAGAUAUGAUAGAUUGCUGCGACCUGGGAUACCAUGCUAGUUUGGCAAGAACAUUUAGGACCUAUUUGUCUGCGGAGUACAACCUGGAGACAUCUCGUCACGAGGGACUCGAUGUCAUCGAGAAUGCAGUGGACAACAUGGACUCUCGCAGUGACAAGCACAAGCUCAUGGAUAUGCAUAACCAGGUGUUCUGCCCUCCUAUGCGCUUUGAGUACCUACCACACAUGGGUGACGAGGUGUGCCAGGUGAGUGCCCAGCAACCCGUCCAGACUGAGCUCUUGAUGCGCUAUCACCAACUACAGUCUCGCUUGGCUACAUUGAAGAUUGAGAAUGAGGAGGUGAGAAAGACCUUGGAUGCCACCAUGCAAACACUUCAGGACAUGCUGACAGUGGAGGAUUUUGACGUGUCAGACGCUUUCCAACAUAGCCGCUCCACUGAAUCCAUCAAGUCCCUGGCCUCCGAAUCCUACAUGAGCAAGACAAAUGUAGCAAAGAGGAGGGCUAACCAGCAGGAGACUGAAAUGUUUUAUCUCUCAAAAUUCAAGGAGUACCUGAAUGGUAGUAACCUCAUCAUUAAACUGCAGGCCAAGCAUGACUUACUAAAGCAGACCCUUGGCGAAGGGGAAAGAGCUGAAUGCGGAACCACAAGGCCCCCCACCCUUCCCCCUAAGCCCCAGAAAAUGCGGAAGACUAGACCGCGCUCCAUCUAUAACCAUAAGCUGUUUAAUGGCAAUUUGGAGACCUUUGUCAAGGAUUCAGGUCAACCAAUACCACUUGUGGUAGAGAGCUGUGUCAGAUACAUCAACCUUUAUGGCCUACAGCAGCAAGGCAUCUUCAGAGUUCCGGGAUCACAGGUGGAAGUCAAUGAUAUUAAAAACUCAUUUGAAAGAGGAGAAGAUCCCUUAAUAGAUGACCACAAUGAGCAUGACAUCAACUCAGUGGCUGGAGUGCUUAAAUUGUAUUUCCGAGGACUGGAGAACUCCCUCUUCCCAAAGGAGCGUUUCCUGGACUUCAUCUCGACCAUCAAGCUGGAGUCAGGAGCGGAGAGAGCACAUCACAUCCAGCAGAUUGUUGUGACGCUGCCUCGGACUAUCAUCAUUGUCAUGAGAUACCUCUUUGCUUUUCUCAAUCAUCUCUCCCAGUAUAGUGAUGAGAACAUGAUGGAUCCAUACAACUUGGCCAUAUGCUUUGGUCCGACGCUGAUGCCCAUUCCCGACAGCCAGGACCCAGUUUCAUGCCAGGCGCAUGUGAACGAGGUCAUCAAGACUAUCAUCAUCCACAAUGAAGUCAUCUUUCCCAGUCUACGUGACCUGGACGGCCCAGUCUAUGAAAAGUGCAUGACUGGGGGAGAGCAAUACUGUGACAGCCCUCACAGUGAGCCAGGAACCCUUGAUGAAGUUGACAAUGGAACUGAGCCACACACAAGUGAUGAAGAGGUCGAACAAAUUGAGGCCAUUGCAAAAUUUGAUUAUGUGGGCCGCAGUCCUAGAGAGCUGUCGUUUAAGAAAGGAGCCUCUCUGCUUCUCUAUCAUCGGGCAUCUGAGGACUGGUGGGAGGGUCGACACAACGGUGUGGAUGGGCUGAUACCUCAUCAGUACAUUGUGGUGCAAGACAUGGAUGAUGCGUUCUCAGAUAGCCUCAGUCAGAAAGCAGAUAGUGAAGCCAGCAGUGGGCCACCCCUAGAUGAUAAAAGUUCAUCCAAAAACGACGGUCCUUCACCAUGUGAACAAUCACCCGAUUAUAGCUUUGGAGGUGUCAUGGGCAGGGUCCGAUUACGUUCCGACGGAGCAGCAAUUCCAAGGCGUCGCAGUGGGACAGACACUCAGAGUCCAACCAGAGUGCCUGACACUCCUCCUCGGGCUACUGCUUGUCCCAGCAGCCCCCGUAAGAUGUCCGUCAACAAGGCACGAAUUGAAAGCCCAGAAAAAAGGCGACUUGGGACAUUUGGUAGUGCAGGAAGUAUAAACUAUCCUGAAAGGAAGAACUAUCCUGAGGGUCAUCCGCUGAGGCCCAUGUCAGGGGCCACUCGUCACAGCAGCCUUGGGGACCACAAAGCACUGGAAGCUGAGGCGCUAGCUGAGGACAUAGAGAAGACCAUGACAACAGCGCUACAUGAGCUUCGUGAGCUAGAGCGACAGAACUCCGCCAAGCAAGCUCCUGAUGUGGUCCUGGACACCCUGGAGCCCAUGAAGAACCCAGUAAGCUCCGAGCCAGCCAGCCCCUUGCACACCAUAAUGAUUCGCGACCCAGAUGCGGCCAUGCGCCGGAGCAGCAGUUCCACAUCCGAGAUGAUGACCACCUUCAAGCCGACGCUCUCAGCCCGACUCGCCGCUGGCACUCAGUUGCGCCCCCCGCCCAUGAGACCGGUUCGCCCCCCACCUACCCAGCAUCGCACGAGCAGUUCAAGUUCUUCUGGGGUGGGCAGUCCAGCUGUCACGCCCACAGAUAAAAUUUUCCCCAGUAACAACGCAGCAGCCGGGUCCGGCAUGAAUGUGUCUCCUGAUGGUGCUGACAAAUCUGGCACCAUGUAG